UGGCAGUGAAGGUGAGGGUCUCUUGAUGGAGAUUCCUGAAUGUCUGAAGCCUUCUAAAGAGAUCCUCAUCAGUAUCUCCCUGAGCUGCGCCCUCCAGAGAUAUAAAUCUGCUCGGUGUGCUUCUGUGGACUGCUCCCAAGUGUCAGGACCUGCAGCAGCAGAGUAGAAAUGCUCCCCAACACCUCGCCCUGCUCCUCCGUGAGCUCUGCUUAGGCUCUGCCAUUUUGCAGCCAUGCAUCAUAUCUGUCUGCGGCUCACAUGUGCAUGAUCUCCAUGGCGACUUGGGCACUCGAGGUAGAAAUACGAGCUGCAUCAUCUCCCCCUGUUGUCCAUCGACAUAAAAUGCAGUGUUCUGGAACAUGAGAAAGGCAAUACGUUUCCUCCAGUUCUUUGUAAGCUGAUAUGAAGUAGACAGACACCUUCUGAAGUUUUGUGCAUGCUGUGCUCUUUUUUUCUUUGCUGCAACAAGAAAAGCCUUUUCUUUUAACCUGGCUUCCUUUGAAGAAGUAACUCAGGAAGCUUCAUGGCCUCUCAAGAAUCUGAAGGACAAACAAACCCAGUCUUUAAGGACUACCUCCCUGGUUCUUCUGACCUGUCAGAGCAGGACAAGCCUGCUGAGCCUGCAGGCCCCUGGAAGCAAGCCUCACACACGCAUAACUUACCACCUGGAUUGGAGUACCUGAACCAGCUUGACCGGAUCAUUAUUCAUCAGCAGGUGGAGCUCCUUGAAGCCAUACUUGGCACAGAGACCUGCAGCAAAUAUGAGAUUAAAAACCAUUUGGGACAAAGAGUUUACUUUGCAGUGGAAGAAAAUGGUUGCUUCAAUCGUAACUUGUGUUCACCUAUAAGGUCUUUCACCAUAAGGAUUGCUGAUAACACUGGCCGAGAGGUGAUUACAGUGAAUAGACCCUUGAGAUGCAACAGCUGCUGGUUCCCUUGCUUCCUGCAAGAGUUAGAAGUUCAAUCCCCACCAGGUACAGUAGCUGGUUACGUUGUACAGAACUGGGACCCGUUUCUGCCUAAGUUUACAAUACAGAAUGAAAGUAAAGAAGAUGUACUAAAAAUAAUUGGUCCAUAUGCAACUUGUGGCUGUUUUGAAGAUGUUGACUUUGAGGUAAAAGCCCUCAAUGAAAUGUCGACGAUUGGCAAAAUUUCCAAGUACUGGUCUGGAUUUGUAAACAAUGUCUUUACCAACACUGCCAACUUUGGGAUCCAGGUCCCAGUAGAUCUUGACGUGAAAAUCAAGGCAGUGAUGAUCGGUGCAUGCUUUCUCAUCGACUUAAUGUUCUUUGAAAACUCUCUGGAUGGCUUCUAACAAGAUGACAGAAACAAUAAAAUAUGCAGAAUGUGUUUCAGUAAGUAAAAAUGAACAUAAAUUGAUCUUCUUGCUUUGAAGACUUAUAUGUUAGAUACUUUCUAAUUCUUUUUCAUUUUCUUCCAGAAAUCUCUUGAGCUUUGGACAUGAUUUUGAACUGCACAAAUCCUUGUUCCUUAUAGGAAAAGAAAGGGAGCUAAUGAUGUUGUUUAUUAAAAUAUAUCUCUUGUAAAUAAUAAUUUCCCACUUACAUUUUACACGCGUUGUAGCUAAACAUAUACUUUUCCCACAGAGCACUGUUCCAAAGGAACAGUGCUAUUCUCUUCUUUCUCUUUUGAUCUUCCUGCAUGGGAAAUCAUGAAAGAUUAGACGAAGCCUUGCAGCGUCACUGAUGAAAGUCUCUGUUUAAAGAACUCUUUGAUGCUCUGUGAGUGCUGGUACCAGUUACUAACCACAUGAGGGUGUGUUGUGAGGGAUUUGGUUUAGCUUUUUCAUAAUUUUAGAAGUCAUUUUCGGAUUUGUUAUUUAAUUAAUAGUAACAAACUGAGUUUGAAAGCAACAAAUAUAAAGACAUCACCCAAUGGGAAGUUCAACAUGGUAUCUAUUUCAGUGAGUUGAAAGAAGGGAUGUUUGCUUGCAAUUUAUUUUAUGGCAAAGAUUUAUUUAAUGAGCUGUGGCCAGAAAUUAGGCUUCCAAUAGUAGAUGGGGGAACUUAAACUCCAUUCAGAAAAUGUGGACUUUUGCUGUCUGUAUUGAAGGCAGGCAGUAUGGUUUGAGAAAGUCCCCUAUGUGAACACGAAUCACUUAGCUUUUGACCUAUCUAAUGUGAAGCAUUUGUGCUCCUCUCCACUCAAGAAUUUCAUUUAGAAGUUGUUUUUUUUUUCCCGCUCUUUGUAAUAUCUGAUGGUUGAUAACUUCUCAAUUGGCCUUGUCUGAGGCCAUCCAAGAGCAAACACCUCCUUGGAACAGAAUUAUCUUUUCUCUUUGGCAAGCUCAGGUAUUCUCUAUGGUAAAACUGUGCAAUAGGAGUUUUCUCUGUUAGGUAAGUUUUACAUAACUGCUCGCUCCUGCAGUCACAGUAUUUCAUAAUACUGUUCCUAAGCAUUCAUGCCAACACGGGCUCUUAGGGACAACCCGGGGAUUAGGUCCAACCAGCACAGAUUCAUGAAAGGCAGGUCCUGCUUGACCAACUUGAUCUCCUUCUUUGAUCAGGUGACCCACCUACUGGAUAAGGGAAAAAGUUUUGAUGUAGUCUACCCAGGCUUUAGCCACUGUUUAGACACUGUUUCCCACAGCAUUCUCCUGCAGGAGAUGGCAGCCCAUAGCCUGAACAGGUGUGCUCUUCUCUGGGUAAAAAAACUGGCUGGAUGGCCAGGCCCAGAAAGUGGUGGUGAAUGGCAUUGAAUUCAGAUGCUCCUCAGGAGUCAGUUUUGGGGCCAGCCCUGUUUCAAGUCUUUACUGAUUAUCUGGAUGAGGGGAUUGAAUGGAUCAUCACUAAGUUUACAGAUGCCACUAAGUUUUGGGGAAGUGUUCAUUUGCUUGAGGGUAGGAAGACCCUACAGAGGAAUCUGGGUAGGCUGGUUUGAUGGACUGAGGCCAGCAUUCAUUAUAUACAUGCAAGACAUAAACAAAAACAUUUUGUUGCAAAGUAUUUCCUGUAUGAAUUUACUUAUGCUUCUCUCAAAAACUUCAAUGAGUUCUUCAAGAAGCAGAGAAGUACCGUAAAAUAAUCGUGGUAAGAACAGUUUCCAAGGGGAACACCUUACAAAUCACCUGGAAUGCUAGAUUUUGAAACACAAACUGGUAAUUCAAUUCUUGUAAAUAACCAAACACAUCAACGGAAGGGAGAGGAGAUGAUGAAUAAUUCAUAACAAUGAAAAAGAGCUAAAUUUAUCAGGUGAUUAAUUCUCAACAAAUAUUUAGACUAAUUUUAAUUUAAUGUUCAUGGGUAUGAAUUCAAACACAGUAAAUCCAGGAAGCUGCAACUAACGUUCCCAUAGUGAAAUUAACUCGGGAACGUUCAUAGAUUUAAGCAGUAUGUUUUAGAUUAUAUACCACACUUAGGUAUUUAUACACAUUUACAUAUGUCUUGAAAAUAACUGCGGUUAACAAGCUCUGACAAUCAUCAUUAUUUGUUAACCGUUUCACUACCAGCUGUCGCUGUAAUUCCUA